AUAGAAACACACACACACACACACACACACCCACACACACAGAUGGGAUUCCCGGUUAGCUAAUACAUGGACACAGGGAAGCGUCGGCUGCUCGGUGUUGUUUUCAUCGCUGUGAAUUAUUAACAUAACCGUCAGCCCUUAGAACAGACACCAGCGGGGCAGCGAUGCAUCUCCACCAGGUGCUGACGGGAGCCGUGAAUCCGGGAGACUGCUGUUAUUCUGUGGGGAGCGUUAAUGACGUCCCGUUCACGGCUUACGGGUCAGGGUGUGAUAUUGUGAUCUUGGCCAGUGAUUUCGAGUGUGUGCAGAUUAUCCCUGGAGCUCAGCAUGGGAACAUCCAGGUGGGGUGUGUGGAGUGUUCACACCAACUGGGACGGAUUGCUGCAUCAUAUGGAAACACGGUGUGCAUUUUCGAGCCGAUCUCCACCAACCUGAAUAAGAGACACAAGCAACUAAACUACCAGUGGCAGAAGACGGGACAGUUUUUACUCAAUGCCAUGACCUACAACCUGGCCUGGGAUCCACAAGGUAAUCGUAUCCUGGCAGCAACAGAGUGGCUGCAGCUUUGGGCUCCGCCCACUGCAGACACACUGCAAGAGGAAGACGAAGAAGAAAAGUCACACCCCGUCCUGAACGACUGGAAGUGUGUGUGGCAGUGCAAGACUGCUUCUGCUGUGCGUAUAAUUAAAUGGUCUCCUGAUGGGGAAUACUUUGCAACUGUGGGAAAGGACGACUGUCUGUUGAAGGUGUGGUACUCCACCAUGGGAUGGAGAUCUGUGAUGGUGGAUGUGUGUGAGAGGAAAUCCAGCUCACUUCAUUUCUCAUUCAUUUAUCUGGCUCAUCCCAGAACUGUCACAGGGUUCUCCUGGAGGAAGACCAGCAAAUACAUGGCCAAGGGCUCGGUGUGUAACGUGUUGCUGACUUCAUGUGUGGACGGAAUCUGUCGUCUGUGGAGUGAGACGCUGCUGCCUGAGGACAGUUUACUGGGAGGACAGAUUACAGAGAACAGCAGCUCUACAUCAACACUACAGAACAGCGGGCAGAAAGAUAAGAUACAACACGCCCUGGAGUCGAUCCACCACCUGAAGCAGCUCAGACGGGGUCGGAGGAGAUCAUCAGCUCUCGUCACACACACUGAGCUGUUACCCAGCCAGCUGAACUCACACGAAACUCACCGGCACAUCACACACCAUGGCAACGCAUUGUGUCACUUCCACAUCUCAGCCAGCAUUAACCCCAAUACAGAUAUCCCGGUGGCUCUGGCCGGGGCUGGUCUCUUCUCCUCAGGAGAUAGUAAUGAAGGUUUUGUGGUUCACUGGCUGAAUAAUAAGGAUCUGAGCUUCACCUCCUCUAUGGACAUGUUCAUGCAGCAGUUGAGGAAGUUCUCAGAGCAGAACUUCGAACACACCACUGACAACCUCAGACAGGAUGGAACUGCAAAGUUUGACUUCGAUUUGGAUGAGAUGUCAGACAAGGCAUCAGAGCAUGAUGACGGAGAUCAGGACGGCAGCACGAAGGCGUCGUCCCCCGGCUCCAGCAGCAGUCUCCCUCCUCCCUCCGUCCUCCUGGAACGUAAGAUGGAGUCCCUCACUCUGGAGUGGAACCGGAGCCCUGACAUGCUCUUCACCAUCCACCCGGUAGACGGAUCCUUCCUCGUCUGGCACAUCAAGUACCUGGAUGAAUAUAUCCCUGGAAUCUUCCGCCAGGUUCAGGUGGCGUUCUCCUCGCGGAUCCCCGUAGCGUUCCCCACUGGCGAUGCCAACUCUCUGAGUAAGAACAUCAUGAUGUACGCCUGCACUUUCCCUGAGCGUGAUGCUGAGGUCUGUGUGGAACUGGAGAGGAAGUGUGGGUCUCUGGGCACCGUGAUCGGCCCGGCCGUUAUGAUGGUGUCGAAGCACGUUGACGGUUCUCUCAACCAGUGGGCGGUGACCUUCGCGGAGAAGUCCGCGUUCUCCAACGUGCUCACGGUCUCACACAAAUUUCGUUACUGUGGCCACCGUUUCCAUCUCAACGACCUCGCCUGCCACACUGUCCUGCCCCUCCUACUGACCUCAUCGCAUCACAAUGCUGUUUUGACUCCACCCGCAGAACAGGACCACCCACAAGGUGCCCCGUCCCGCCCCCCGCGUCCAUCCAGAGGCCUCACCCCGAAAGACAUGAGCAGCAAUGCAGCGACUCGAACCUUCCAUGACCCCAAUGCCAUUUACAGUGAGCUGAUACUGUGGCGCGUCGACCACAUCGGGCCCCUGUCCUGUACGGGGGGCGUGUCUGAAAUCGCUCGCAUCAACUCUCUGCACACCGCCGCCUUCUCCAACGUCGCCUGGCUGCCCACGCUCAUCCCCAGCUCUGUACUAGGAACUUACUGUAACUCUGCAAGUGCAUGUUUUGUGGCGUCGGAUGGAAAGAACCUGCGUCUCUAUCAAGCUGUUGUGGAUGCCAGGAAACUGCUGGAUGAACUGUCUGAUCCUGAGACCUCGAAAUUAGUAGGUGAGGUCUUCAACAUUGUGAGUCAGCAGUCCACUGCUCGGCCAGGCUGCAUCAUCGAACUGGAUGUAAUUACUAACCAGUGCGGCUCGAACACACAGCUGCUCCACGUCUUUCAGGAGGAUUUCAUUUUAGGAUAUAAACCUCAUGAUGACAUCACAGACAUAAACACUGAUGACUUCCCUUUAGCUGAUGAGUUUCACCCGCCUCCGUUCUCUGAGAAGUUUUUCUUGGUCGUGAUCGAGAAGGACGAAAACAGGAACUCUGUGCUGCAGAUGUGGCAUCUUCAUCUGAAAUCUGUGCACGCAUGUGUGGACGACCCCCCACAGAAUCAGCCCUAUCAGACCCAGCUGACGGUUCCAAACAUGAUGACUAACGCUGACUCGUCUCCUGAGUCCACACCGGGUCAGAGCCCUCUUCCUCGCUCGUCUUCCUCCGCUAACCUGCAGUCUGCCAGCAAACUGAUCCUCAGCUCCACACUUGUGUACAGCCACAGACUGGAGCUCCCCCUGGGGGUGGAGGUGAUCCGCACUACACCUUCUGCAGGUCACUUGAGCUCCUCCUCCAUUUACCCGGUGUGUUUGGCUCCGUAUCUGAUUGUGACAGCAUGUUCAGAUGGAUGUAUUCGAUUUUGGAGGUGCUCUGUGGAUUCAGAAGCUUCUCCCUCGUACCGCUGGGAACCGUGGUGUCUCCUGAACGAGGAGGAGGACAAUAACAGCGCCCUGACUGUUUCGGGUCGCCCCGUCGCUGUCAGCUGCUCCUACACCGGUCGCCUCGCUGUCGCGUUCAAACAGUUAGUCACUACUGAGCAGAGCUCCGGCUCCAAAGACUUCUCCAUGCACGUCUCCAUCUUCGAGUGCGAAUCCACCGGUGGGUCCGAGUGGGUUUUGGAGCAAACGAUCCAUCUGGAUGACUUUGCGAAGCCUGUCAGUGCUUUGGACCCCAGGAUCAGCGUGGACAGCAACCUGGUGGUUUAUAGUAUGUCUGAUCUGUUUGUUAGGAAACUGAACCCUAAUAUUAAACACUUUGUGCACCUGGAUUGGCUCUCGAAAGAAGACGGCUCACACAUCCUCACUGUCGGGGUGGGAUCCAGCAUUCUGAUGUAUGGACGGAUCUCGGGCAUCGUUGCAGAGCAAACCGGAGGGAAAGAUGGCAUGGCUGUUGUCACCCUGCCUUUAGGGGGCAGUGUAAAGCAGGGCGUCCGUUCCCGCUGGGUUCUGCUGCGCUCCGUCGAUCUGGUUUCCUCCGUGGACAAGACUCCAUCUCUUCCUGUUUCUCUUUCUUGGGUCAGGGAUGGAAUCCUGGUCAUAGGGAUGGACUGCGAGAUGCACGUCUACGCUCAGUGGUACCAGGAUAAGAAGCCCGGCGACUCCGAGGACAACGACGAAGCGUUCACCGUGAAAAAAAAUGCGAUUGAGAUGACCGACGACGUGAUCCGAGUUCCUGCCGUAAUCCAAGAUGGCGGACUUUUCGAGGCGGCACAUUCUCUUUCCCCCACUCUGCCGCAGUACCACCCCACCCAGCUGUUAGAGCUGAUGGACUUAGGGAAGGUGAGACGUGCGAAGGCCAUCCUGUCUCACCUGGUCAAGUGCAUCGCCGGAGAGGUGGCCGUGGUUAGAGACGCCGUGGCAGGAGAGGGUGGAACCAGACGACACUUGUCUCGCACCAUCAGUGUCACAGGAAGCACCGCCAAGGAUACGAUUGUCGCCGGUAGAGACGGCGGACGUGAUUACACAGAAAUCAACUCCAUCCCUCCUCUCCCGCUGUACGCCUUGCUCUCGGCCGACCUCGACACUUCUUACAGAAACAAAUUAGCCGAUGAUGUCAAAUGUCAGGAGCGAGAGACACGGAAGUCCUCAGAGGAUCAGUAUACUGAGCUCUUCCAGGACUCCACGGUAAACACUGAUGACUUUGCGAGCUUUGCGUGGGCAGAUAAGGCAGAGAAAAAGGAGAAGAAGACUCGUGUGAUUGACCUUUCGCAGUACGGCCCGACCUCUUUCGGACCCGAACAUGCUCAAGUGCUCUCCUCUCACCUGAUGCACUCCAGCCUGCCUGGACUCACCCGCCUCGAGCAGAUGUUCCUAGUUGCUCUUGCCGAUACGGUGGCAACCACCAGCGCCGAGGUGGGCGGAGGCACUGAUAAACAGUACAGAGGUGGUGAGGCUCUGGAUGAGUGUGGUCUCAGGUAUCUCCUGGCGAUGCGUUUACACACCUGUCUGCUUACAUCACUUCCUCCUCUGUACCGCAUACAGCUGCUGCACCAAGGUGUAUCUACGUGUCACUUUGCGUGGGCGUUUCACUCUGAGGCUGAGGAGGAGAUGUUGAACAUGAUCCCAGCCAUGCAGAGAGGAGACUUACAGUGGUCUGAGCUCCGUGCUGUCGGGGUGGGCUGGUGGAUCCGAAACAUCAACACACUGAGACGCAUGGUGGAGAAGGUGGCCAAAGCAGCGUUUCAGAAGAACAAUGAUCCCCUCGAUGCUGCGCUCUUCUACUUAGCCAUGAAGAAGAAGGCUGUGCUGUGGGGCCUGUUCAGAUCUCAGAAUGAUGAGAAGAUGACACAGUUCUUCAGCCAUAACUUCAGUGAGGAUCGCUGGAGGAAGGCAGCACUGAAGAACGCUUUCUCUCUGCUGGGGAAGCAGCGGUUUGAGCAGUCAGCUGCCUUCUUCCUGCUGGCAGGAUCUCUCAAAGACGCCAUCGAGGUGUGUUUGGAGAAGAUGGAGGACAUUCAGCUGGCCAUGAUCGUCGCUCGUCUGUAUGAGGCUGACUUCGAGAGCUCAUCCACUUGUCAGGGAAUCCUUUACGAGAAGGUUCUGGGCUGCAAACGGGACGGAAGCGGAUUCUCCUGCAGUAAAAUGCACCCGGACCCUUUCCUGAGGAGCAUCGCUUUCUGGAUCAUGAAGGAUUUCACCCAAGCGCUGGACACACUGCUGGAGCAGACACCUAAAGAAGACGACGAGAAUCCAGAUGUGAUGGUGAAGUCCUGCAACCCGGUGGUGUUCAGUUUCUACAACUACCUGCGCACUCACCCUCUGAUCGUACGCAGACACUUCGCGUCUCCUGACGGUUCCGAGCGCAACAGCAGCGCCGAUCAGAUCAACCUGAUCGAGCGCAAGCUCUUCUUCACCACCGCUAACGCUCACUUCAAAGUGGGCUGCCCUGUCCUAGCGCUCGAGGUGCUGUCCAAAAUCCCCAAAGUGACCAAAAAGACCUCGUCGCUCAACCAGACAGCUGCUAAUGUCAGCGACGUCCAGAACGGCGUCCAGGCGUCUGAUCUGGACUGGAGUCAGUCGAUGAUGAAAAACGAUGGUGAUGAUCUGAAGCUGGACUGGGGAGAUGAUGAUGAUGAGGAGGAGGAGGAGGAGAGGGAUAAGAACGGGCUGAUGAUGAAAGAGGAAAAGAAGAAGGAGGCAGAGGAGGACGAGGAGGUGAAGAACGCUAGCGAUUGGAAGGUGGAUGUUAUCGCAGAGCAGCUGAAGUUCCGAGCGUGUCUGAAGAUCCUGAUGACGGAGCUGCGCACGCUCGCCACCGGCUACGAGGUGGAUGGAGGAAAACUGCGCUUCCAGCUCUACAACUGGCUGGAGAAGGAGAUCGAGGCUGUGCACCGCAUCUGCAACUACAAGGUGGAAGGUCAGGGUUCCGUGGGAGAGCUGGAGAAAUGGAGCGGCAGUGUGUCGAGUGAAGGGGACGAGUGUGAGCAAAGGAGGGAGACGGAUGUGUAUGAGCGCCAUCUGCAGGACCGGCGCAGACUGCAGGCCAAACAGCUGCAUGCUGAGAGACGUAAAGCCUGGCUGAGGAAGAACGAGGCGCUGCUCAGAGUCUUCCUCACCUACUGCAGCCUGCAUGGUGCUAAAGGGGGUGGAGUCACAUCUGUACGCAUGGAGCUGCUCUUCCUGCUGCAAGAGUCACAGCAGGAGACAACGGUGAAGCAGCUGCAGUCCCCGUUGCCGUUAGCAACAACGUUGCCGCUUCUCUCAGCUAACAUCGCUCAGACUAAAACAGUCAUCGCUAAUCCUGUCAUGCACCUGAACAACCACAUCCAGGACAUCCUGUACACUGUAGUACAGACGGAGUGUCCACCUCAUCCUGACACUCCUGAUAACCGAGUGAAUUUGUUGCACACUUUGGCUGCAUCUCUGUCUGCCUGCAUUUACCAAGCACUGUGUGACAGCCACAGCUACAGCAGUCAGUCAGAGGCUAACCAGUUCACAGGGAUGGUGUACCAGGGUCUCUUACUUAGUGAGAGGCGGAGACUCAGGACAGAAAGCAUAGAAGAACAGGCCACACCCACCUCUGCUCCUGCACACUGGCCAGGUGUGGCAUCUCUGAUUAGCCUGUUAUCGUGCUCUCAGGGUGAGGAUCAGCCCAAGCUGAACGUGAUGCUGUGUGAGGCAGUAGUGGCCGUGUAUCUGAGCUUGCUGCUGCAUGGCCUUGGCAUACACUCCACCAACGAGCUGUUCCGCCUUGCUGCCCACCCACUGAAUGCACGGAUGUGGGCUGCCAUCUUUGGGGGCGGGGCAAAGAUCAUUGUCAAGCCCAAACGACUAGCUGAGGUCACGCCAGUAGCUCCGCCCCCGACACCUCCCGCUGAGGAUGUGGACCGUCAGCGCAGACGGUUUAACAUGCGUAUGCUGGUUCCGGGUCGGCCCGUUAAAGAGGCACAGGCCACGCCCCCUCCCGUCCCGACUGAACGACCCACCUACAAGGAGAAGUUCAUCCCACCGGAGCUCAGCAUGUGGGAUUAUUUUGUGGCAAAACCCUUCCUUCCUCUAUCAGACAGCGGAGCUCUGUAUGACUCUGAUGAAAGCGGUGAAGAAGACGAAGAUGAUGAUGAUGAUGAUGCUUUCCUGUCUGAUACUCAAAUGACCGAGCACAGCGACCCGAACUCAUACAGUUGGUGUCUGAUACGUUUAGUGAUGAUUAAACUCGCUCUACACAAUGUGAAGAACUUCCUCCCCAUUGCAGGGCUUGACUUUACAGAUCUGCCUGUGUCGUCUCCGCUCUGUAACUCCGUACUGAAGUGUAUGGAGAAUUGGGAGCAGCAGCUGCAGGAGCGGAUGGACAGAUUUGAUGGUCCUCCACCCGGCUACAUAAACACCUUCCCUACAGACGUCAGUGCUGGUGGAGGCCCUGCUGCACUACGCCAUAAAGCCAUGCUGGAGCCUGACAACACACCCUUCAAGGCAAAGCACCGUCUCUCCUUCCCUGCCCGACGUCUUUGGCACUUCCUGGUGAAACAGGAAGUCCUCCAGGAGACUCUGAUUCGGUACAUCUUCACUAAGAAGAGGAAGCAGAGUGAGUGUUUAGAGAACCAUGUGGACUGUCACACACACAACUGUGUAGCAGGAGCUCACAAAAUCAACAAGGUGGAGGCAGAUCUCGGUUAUCCUGGAGGCAAAGCUAAAAUUAUACACAAGGAAUCUGACAUCAUCAUGGCUUUUGCUAUCAAUAAGGCUAAACCAAGUGAAAUUGUCCUGGCCUCAACUCAUGAUGUUCAGGAAGUGGACGUUUCCACCCUUCUAGCUGCGCAGUCAUACACCUGGAUUGGAGAGGAAAUUGACAAGGAGUCACGCAGCUCUGAUGACGACUAUCGCUCAUCCCACACCAACAUCGCACAGGCAAGCUCCGCCCCCUUUGCCCCUCCCCCUAUGCCGGUCUCUGCCUCUAUGCCAUGGCUCGGCAGCGGACAAACCAGCAUGGGUGCUAGCGUGAUUGUGAAGAGGAACCUGAAUAAUGUGAAGAGAAUGACGUCUCAUCCCAUUUACCAGUACUACAUGACAGGAGCUCAGGAUGGCAGUGUGAGGAUGUUUGAAUGGAAUCGCCCACAGCAGCUCAUCUGCUUCCGACAGGCAGGAAACGCCCGAGUUACACGACUCUAUUUCAACUCACAGGGCAAUAAGUGUGGAGUUGCAGAUGGUGAGGGUUUUUUAAGCCUGUGGCAAGUGAAUCAAACGUCUUCAAACCCCAAACCAUAUUUGAGUUGGCAGUGUCACAGUAAGGUGUGUGGGGAUUUUGCUUUCAUCACUUCCUCCAGUCUCAUCGCUACAGCAGGACACUCCACUGACGGCAGGAAUGUGUGUCUGUGGGACACUCUGAUCUCUCCCAGUAACACCAUGGUGCACGCUUUCCCCUGCCAUGAGAAUGGAGCUACAGUACUUCAGUAUGCCCCCAAACAGCAGCUGAUCAUCUCUGGAGGCAGAAAAGGCUUCGUGUGUAUCUUCGACAUCCGUCAGAGGCAGCUGUUACACACCUUCCAGGCCCACGACUCGGCCAUCAAAGCUUUAGCUCUGGACGCGAGUGAGGACUUCUUCAUCACCGGCUCAGCCGAGGGGAACAUGAAGGUGUGGAAGUUAGCAGGUCACGGGCUCAUGCACUCGUUCAGCAACGAACACGCCAAGCAGUCCAUCUUCCGUAACAUCGGCGCCGGCGUCAUGCAGAUCGAGACGUGUCCCGGGAACCGCAUUUUCACUUGCGGCGCUGACGGGACGCUGAAGAUGAGGGUCCUCCCUGACCGCUACAAGACCCCGAGCAGCAUCUUCGACAUCCUCUAAUCUGAAACGAGGCAGAAUUCAGACAGCCGAAGCAAGCGUCCAGCAGCAAGAUGGUUUUUGUCCUAACUUUAAUGCGCUGAAAAGUGUCGUUCUUGUUUUUAUUUUCCCACAAAACGUGAGGUCAUGUCCCUCGCCUCUAAACAAGCCCCGCCCCUUUCCCUGAGCCACGAGCUCACUGUUAGUGUUCCCAUAGGAAAGCUAUGCAUGUGCUGAACUCGUCACUGCGGUGCAUUCGCCAGAGUGUUGAUUGUGCUCUGUAAAGCAAAACAUUCCUCUGUGUGUGUGUGUGUGUGUGUGUGUGUGUGUGUGUGUGUGUGUGUGUGUGUGUGUGUGUGUGUGUGUGUAGUCAUUAUCAUGUCCACAGCUGAGCGGACUGAGCCUCUUUAACUCCAGCACUGUGCUUCAGUAAUCCCCUGUCUGUGAAGCCCACACUUUAUUUAUUCUUACUGUAAAUCACACAGCUGUCUCACUCUCGCCUCAUGCCUGCAGCUAGACCUGUCUCACUCUCGCCUCAUGCCUGCAGCUAGACCUGUCUCACUCUAGGUGUGUUUUUAGAAUGUAUUUUAUUUAUUUAUAAAAGUGUACAAGUUUAUUAGAGAAAUAAGAUGUUUAUCCUGCACAAGCUACUGAAAAGGGUCAGAGGAAGGAAACGUGUCGCACUGACUAAUACAAACCCGUCUCACUCUCCUUUCAUAUUCUCCAGUCAUAACUCCAGUUAAACCUGUCUCACUCUCUCUGCGUCUUAAUCUCUGUCUUAGUGAUGUUUCACAAUUUUACAUAAAGGUGUCUCACUCUCAUUCCAUAACUCCAG